CAAGACCUCCAUAUCUGUGAGUACGACAUGCGGGGAUACCCAGGUCUGCAUGUCGACUAGCAGAGUCCGGAGUCACCUUAUGUGGCCAGGAUGUCGAAUCCCGGGAUCUUUCCCUGCUGCUCAUCCCUGCUCUCCAACGAUCAGGCUAACUGUACAGGUACCUGCAGCUUCAAAUACCCAGAGAGGGGCAACACAUGUGUGCUGAGAGAUUGCCGAAGACAAUUCUGCCAUAACACCCGUCGAGGUCUUACUUGAGGCACGAGUAUAAAUCUAGCGAGCCGCCUCGGUGUGAUUUCGUAUCCUCAGCACCAGCCAAUAUGAAGCACACUAUUCUGCUCACUGCUGCUGCCAGCAUCGUGUCAGCCAAAGGAUGGAGCCCUUACCACAGUCCCGUCUCCUCGAACGCCUCAUUGGCCUUCGAAACAACCAUUAGAGUCAAUGCGGAGCAGAGAUACCAAAAGAUGCUUGGUGGUGGUUGCUCUGGCGCUUUCGGCGCGGCGUGCACAACCAACACUCUUUCGGCAGCCGACCAAGACGCCGUGGUCAGAACACUCUUUGACGAGAACGUCGGCGCCCUCUCGAUCCUCCGCAAUCUCAUUGGAUCAUCCCCAGGUUCGACCAUACUUCCAACAUGCCCGGCAACACCUGCUGGCCCAUUUAACUACACCUUCCCUUCCAACAACGACAGCUGUCAGUUGACUUUGGCUCAAGGUGCACUCAGAUACAACCCAGACCUUUACCUGUAUGCAGAUGCAUGGUCAGCUCCAGGCUGCUUCAAGACGACUGGUCGCGAGGCUGGGGGUGGUUUCAUCUGCGGCGUUCGACGCUCCAAUUGCACUUACGACUGGCGUGAAGCUUACGCCAAUUACUUGCUCGAGUAUGUGAAGCUUUACCAGCAGCGUGGUAUCAAAGUCUCUCUCCUCGGUGCCUACAACGAACCCGAUUUUAACCCUGUCACCUACUCUGCGAUGUUGUCUGAUGGUUACCAAGCCUAUGACUUUCUCAGUAUCUUCUAUCCUAUGGUCAAGAAGGCCUUCCCCAGUUUGGCCGUGUCCUGCUGUGACUCGACCGGGGCGCGUCAACAGCGAGACCUGCUAGCCGAACUUGGCCGUCUUGGUGGCAAGACCCUCUUCGAUGUUAACACCUACCACAACUAUCAGUCUGAUGUUAAGAGACCAUUCGAUGAUCUGUUGGCUGGACAGCCUACUCUAGAAACUGAAUGGAGCGAUGGUGGUAACACCUGGACUAGGACUUGGGACGUUACCGGCAACAACUUUGAAGGCUUCCAAUGGGCCAUCUACAUGCAUAACGCAUUCCGUAACAAUGUAGCAGGUUGGAGUCAUUGGUGGUGCAGCUGGACCAGCCCCACUGAUGCUUCUCUCGUUCAGGUGAACGGCACUUCUUAUCAGGUUUCGGCCCGUUUGUGGGCCUUUGCAGGCUACUUCCGCUUUGCCCGUCCCGGCGCCGUGCGUCUGUUCGCAGAUACAAGCGUGGAAGAGGUCUAUGUCACUGCAUGGCAAAACACAAACGGCACUAUCGCCAUCCCCGUCAUCAACGCUGCGCACUACGCAUACACUCUGGACGUGCAGUUGUCUGCUACAAAUGUAUCUCUGGCUACUGCUUACUUGACCGAUAAUGAUCACAAUGUCACUAAAGCUGGUCAAUUUGCGUUCGAAGGUGGAAGGUUUACAGCACAGAUUGAGCCCAGAUCUAUGAAGACGUUCUUCCUGGAGGAAGCGGUCUAGGCGUAUACAUGUCCGAUCCGUCGCGGCGAUGCUGCUAGUUACCUCGUAGAUAACUAUUCUUUUCACGCCAUGGCAUCACCUACAUCACUGUCACGAUCAGCACACGAUAGUAUAGCACAAUUGACAUCAAACUUUCCUU